AUGUCAAGAAUAAGUAUUGGUGUGUCUCGUCAACUGAGAGUCUUGGAAUCGAAAGAGACUUGUCGUCGGGAGCUUCACGCUCAAGGAGCUGAGUUUCUAAUGACGAAUGCAUCUAAGAUAAGAGCUUUGUCUUGUCUUCCUUGGCGUAAUCUCAGCGUGCGGACUAUAUUCAACUGCUUUAACCCGCCCAUCGUUGAAGUAUUCAAACUUGGAUCUCACAUAAUUAGCCUUGAGGUGGGAUUUGAUCAAGGAAAUCGAACUUGUGUAUCGUGUAAUAUGAAUGGCACUACGGUACAGUCCAAGAUCGUGGUCGAGCCCAAAGAUGGUAAGGUCUUAGAGGUUUAUUAUGAUGGGGUGCCAAAAAAAGAAGAAAAAAUGGUUUAUUAUGAUGAGCCGACAUAUGGUGACAUAAAAGAUCGGGAGGUCGUAUAUGCACGUGUUUUAGAAUCAAACGAAAGACAUGAUGCUGACUUACUGGCGAUCAUUGCAACUUCAGCUGCUCUUAUGAUCUCGAAUGACACGCGGGUUGGACCUAUAGGAGCUAUCCGCAUUGGAAGGAUUGAUGAAAAGAUCAUAAUAAAUCCUACCACGGAGGAGCAACGUGAAAGCGAUAUCAACUUGUUAUAUGUAUGUACGCGCGAAAAAACUGUCAUGGUUGACCUGGAAGCUCCUGAGAUCUCAGAGAGCGAUCUAGAAACUAAUCUAAAGCUAGCUCAUCUAGAGGCUGUUAAAUGCAUUGAUUCUCUAGUAAGGCUGAGAGAUCGUUAUGGGAAGGACCACAAGAGUGAAGUGUUAAAAACGAUUUCUAAGAAUAUGCAUGAUACAAGUUAUUUCACUACUUUUAUUCCUCAUGCACACAUGAUGGAAAUGAAAUCUGAAGGAUACCAAUUUGACAGGAGAUGUCUUCACCAAAUAAGACCUAUAGAAUGUGAACUUGGUUAUUUACCAUGGGCGCAUGGGUCAUCAAAUCUUUCAUGCGGAGUGACAAAGGUGUUCUGCAAAACAAUACUUUGUAGACCUGAUCAAGCACUAAGGGCUGAUUCUCUUGGUGUGCCCCCAAGAAAAAGAUUUAGAGUUGGUUAUGAUUUGGGCUUCGUUAAUGAACAACUAAAUGAUAUUUUAGUAAUUGAAGAUUAUGAUUCGUACUAUGAUCGAGAAAUUAGUGAGAUAAUGGAUUCUACACCUCAAAGCAGUGAAAUAAUUAGGCGUGAAAUUGGUGAAGGUAGUAUUGCUUUGAUGGACGCCGGAAUUCCUGUACGAUGUCAUGUUGCAGGUGUCUCGAUAGGUCUUGUCACUAUUAGUGAGACAUCGAACGGACAACUAGAGAAUUACCGUAUCAUAACUGAUAUGUUGAGCUUGGAAGAUGAUUUAGUAGAAAUGGAUUGCAAAGUUGCUGGUACACGAAAUGGUAUAACAGCAGUUCAGUUGGAUGUAAACUCAGUUGGAAUUUCGUUAGAUAUCAUUUGUGAAGCUUUGAGUUAUGGACGUCAAGCCCGUCUUCAAAUUCUUGAUCAAAUGGAGCAAAUACUAGACUCCCCUAAAAUAACUUCUUCUAUACUCGUGAAUCCUGGAAGAAGGAUACCCCUAUACAACUAUGCUGCGGACGUCGGUGAAGUGUAUAAAUGCAUAGUGACAUCAAUUAGAGAGAAAUAUGGACAGGAAUGGGCGGAGGUAUCCAAGGUUUCAUAUGUGCUAUCUGUUGGCAAGCAUAUCAUAUUGAAGUGCAUUAAAAAAGACUCUCAAGGUAUGGUCGAGUUUUCUCUCAAGGCAUUAGAAGAAGCUCCAGAGAUGCCCGUAAUCAGCAGUGUUCCGGAAGUCGGUGAACUGUAUGAAUGCAUAGUGGUAUCAAUUAGAGAGACAUUUGCUGUGGUUGAAUACAAUGGUGGUUGUUGUGGCGUACUUUCCGUUUGCGAAUUGUCCAAUGAAAAGGUAUCCAAGGUUUCGGAUGUGUUAUCUAUUGGCAAGCAUAUCACAUUGAAAUGCAUUAGAAGAAGGCAUGGAGAUAUCUUCGAGUUUUCUCUCAAGGCGGUGGCAUAG